UAUCACAAACCAAAGUUGUAUUUCAUUUCAUUUUGAAUUUAAGUACACACACUAUUCAUUUGCGUAACUACGUCUACAAGUUGUUUUUUUCCUUUCAAUGUUCGAGCUUUAGCAAUCGCGUCAUUAGAAUGCUAAAAAACUCAUAUUACUUGGUCGAAAACUGUCAAUUUUUGCUCUAAAAUGGAAACUAAAAAAUCUCAAACUCGACAGCAAUCACCACCAAUUGUCAAACAUUAUUUGGCCAUUUAUAAUGCUGUACAAUUUAUUGGAUGGGCUUAUGGAUUAUUUCUGACCAUACGGUUCUUAUUGUUUUCGCCUGAACGUCAUAAUUAUCGGCUACUAUGGGAACAUUGUUCCAUUAUUAUAACUAUUUUUCAAACUUAUCAAUUAAUUGAAGUAUUCCAUGCCAUGAUUGGUUUUGUUCGAUCAAAUCCCGUUACAACAUUUACCCAAAUUUUCUCUCGUUUAAUGUUGGUUUGGGGAAUAUUAAUUCCGUUGUCCGAAGCUCGAUAUUCGAUCGGUGUACCGAUGUUAUUGAUCGCCUGGUGUAUCGCCGAAUGUACACGAUAUGCUUACUAUGCCUUAAACAUUUAUGAUGCCGUUCCGUACAUUUGUACCUGGCUUCGUUAUACUCUAUUUAUUGUACUAUAUCCAAUUGGAGUUUCUGGUGAACUAUUUACCACUUACGCUGCUCUUCGACCGAUUCGCCAACAAAAAUUUCUCUCGUUCGAUUUACCAAACAAAUUAAAUUUCUCAUUCCAUUAUGAUGUGUAUUGCAUAAUAUUCAUGCUUAGCUACAUUCAUUUUUUUCCUCAGCUUUAUCUUUACAUGUUUGGGCAACGAAAAAAGAUUAUUGGUUCAUCUAAACAACAGAUAAAGCAGGAUUGACUAGUGGACCAAACCAAUAAAGAAGUGAAUACUGAUGAUAAUACAAAUGAUUACAUUGAAUGAUUUUUGAUCAAAUUAAAUUGAAUAAAUUUGAAUAACCAUUCCAUUUAUUUCAUUUAAA